CUUACUCUGCAGUGUGUUUAACGGAUCGUCUAACAAUGAAGAUCAUCCUCAUACUUUGUCUCAGCAUCACCCUGAUCUCUCAGGGCCACUUUGAUUCUCUGGACUUGUCAUUGGCCAAUGUGUCAGAUGCAGAGAUCAAGUCUCUGUCAGAGACGCUGUAUAAGUUAGACUCAAACAGAGCCACGACCUCUGAGCUGCUGAUUGAUCCUCAGACACUGAUUCCUUCUUCUCAGACCGGCUCCGGAAAUGAUCUCUCACCACAGCCAUUGUUCAAGGUAGUGAGCAGUACAUUGCUCUCUAAGCCCACAUAUAAAGCUUUCCUGGAUCUGCUGGACAACUAUAAAAAGAUGACAGGAGAAGUGGAGGACGUGCCUUCACAUGAAGAGCAGGAGCAGGACUCAUUCCUCCAGCAGACCAUGAACACAAACCUGGGGAAAGAGCUUUUCAAUUUCCUACACUCUAAAGGUGUGUAUGGAUCACAGAGUGAGUUCCUCCAGGACCUGAAGAUGAUGUGGUUCGGCCUUUACUCGCGAUCAGACGGAGUCAAACUGGACUCCAGUGGCUUCGAGCACAUCUUUGUAGGUGAAAUCAAGGGUGGUAAAGUGUCCGGUUUCCACAAUUGGGUGCAGUUUUAUCAGUGUGAGAAACAGGGAAUCCUGAACUACUACAGCCACAGUUUUGACGGUCCUUGGACCACGUAUCCUGAUGUAUUGGGAAUGCAGUUUAACUGGGAUGGAUAUUUCAAAGAGCUGGGUUCUGCCUUUAUUGGCUGUAGUCCUGAGUUUGAUCUGGCCAUCUACAGCCUUUGCUACAUCACCCGUCCUGGAAAGAAGUGUGAUGUGAGUUUGGGAGGACACAGUCUGGGCAUUCAGACCUACACAUGGGACAAGAGCAGCUAUGGAGACGGAAAGAAGUUCAUCGGGUCUGCUUACCCCAUAACACCCUGAUUCAGUUGAUCAGCACAAUACACCAUCAACAGGUUCAACCAACACAACUCUCAAAUAUGAAAAAUAGAUCAUUUUCUUGGUUGCUGGAGGAAAUAAAAAGCAUAUUUCUC